GGACCCCAACACCUCUCCACCUCAACGCUGCAACUCCACCCACAUUCCCGGAGCUCCUCCCUGCUUACCCGCCCUGUCCCCCAAACCCUACCGUUUUUCCCUAUUCUGCCCCCCGCCUUUCCGCCCAAUUCCCUCCCCCUCAAACUUUGAUCUCAGAUUCUGUUCAUGAACAGUUUUUCCGUUCCCUACACUUCACUUUUUCUCCAAUUGGUUGCUUCUUUUUCUUUGCUUUCUGAUAUGAAACUUUUUUGUACCUCAAAUUUUGUUCAGUUGGUUCUUUGUAGAUGAAAAGUUUUGGAAUUUAAUCUAUUCGAUGAAAUUCAAUUAGACCCAGGAGAAAUUUCAUAGCUGAAAAGUUUUUGGAUUUGGUCUAUUUUGUGAAUCUUUAUGGGAGCCAGAAACUUUUUAAGCUGAAAUUUUUGGAAUUACUUGAUCAAACCCAUAUAAUCUUUCAGCUUACAACUGUUGACAUAGGUCUUCUUUUUUCUGAAAUUUUGUCAGACCCAUAUGAUUUUCUAGCUCAAAGUUGUUGAAUUGGGUCUUCAUACUUCAAGCUAAAAGUUGUUGAAUUUGGUCCAUUUUGUUGAAUUGGAUCAGACCCGGAAAAGUUUAAAGGUCAAAGUUUUUGAAUUGGGUCUAGUUUGUGAAGCUUAAGCAGACCCAUAAAGCGGAAAGGUUUUGGUUGGCGAUGGCUGAUUCGGACAACGACUCAGGAGGGCAGAACAACAGCAACAACGCAAACAGCGACUUCUCCGCUCGAGAGCAAGACAGGUUCCUCCCCAUCGCUAACGUGAGCAGAAUCAUGAAGAAGGCAUUGCCGGCAAACGCCAAGAUCUCCAAGGACGCAAAGGAAACGGUGCAGGAAUGUGUGUCGGAGUUCAUUAGCUUCAUCACUGGGGAGGCCUCUGACAAGUGCCAGAGGGAGAAGAGGAAGACGAUCAAUGGGGAUGACUUGCUGUGGGCGAUGACUACUCUGGGGUUUGAGGAGUAUGUGGAGCCGCUCAAGAUUUAUCUGCAGAAGUAUAGGGAGAUGGAGGGCGACAAGACCGCGGUGGGCGGGGGGAGGCAGGGGGAGAAGGACGGUGGUGGCGGUGGAUCCGGCGGGGGUGGUUCCGCCGCCGGCGGUGGUGGAAGCGGUGGUGGGGUGAGCUCGGGGAGUGUUGGGGGUGGUGGGUUUAAUGGGGUUGGGGGAGGAGUGUAUGGUGGGAUGUAUGGUGGGGUGAUGGGGCAUCAUCAGGGACACGUGUACGGCACUGGUGGGUAUCAUCAUGUGGGUAUGGGUGGUGGUGUUGUUGGGAAGGGUGUAUCAGGCGGCAGCGGCAGUGGCGGUGGUGGUGGUGGAGCUUCCAUUGUGAGGUUAAGGUAGGUGUGUGUGCUUGAUGGACUAGUGAAGAAUAUGAUAAAAUGACUUUGUGUUUAGGGUAUUUUAAUUUGCUAUUUUUUUGUACUAAAAAUCUUGUGGAGUUUAGAGAGAGGAUCUCAUGUGUAAUUGUGGAGAAGAAGACAUUAUAUGACGCAUAGUACUAAAAACUGUAACCUCUAAUGAUAGAGCAUUUAGUUCUGAUCUAGGGAAAAUGUUUGUAUCAUAAAGGUUUCGCCUGUAGAGUUGUUCUGUUUCUUGUCUCCCUCAUGUUCUUUAGUUGGGUGGUGGUGAAUGAUAUGGGAUCGAGUUUCUCUGUUUCUACUUUCAUGGCGCCUUGGAAAUCUGGAAACGGUUGAACUGACAGUUUUUUUUUUUUUUUUUUUAGUUUGUGAGUUUUGACAGUUUCUUUAAGAAAAGGAGGUUUGCAUGUGGUGAUGAUGUACAUGUUCUUUUGAGGAAAGUGAUUUUUAUGUCUCAAGUUUAGCCAUUUGUCUCU